AUGGGAUCCUCCACAAACUUCAGUCUGGACCUGGUCCCAGAUGUGAGUCCCUCAGGAGUGACCGGUCCAAGGAUUUACCAUGGGACUUCAGGACAGAAGCGGCUGCAGAUGUCUCCACUGGUCCGCACCAUGGCUCUCACCUGGUCUCCAUAUUUAAGCACAGGGACACUACAGGCAGCGAUCCUCUGUACCUGUGUGCUGAAGCACAAGGACACUACAGGCAGCGAUCCUCUGUACCUGUGUGCUGUAGCACAGGGACACUACAGGCAGCGAUCCUCUGUACCUGUGUGCUGUAAGCACAGGGACACUAAAGGCAGCGAUCCUCUGUACCUGUGUGCUGUAGCACAAGGACACUACAGGCAGCGAUCCUCUGUACCUGUGUGCUGCAGCACAGGGACACUACAGGCAGAUCCUCUGUACCUGUGUGCUGUAGCACAGGGACACUACAGGCAGAUCCUCUGUACCUGUGUGCUGUAG